AUGAAGUUGAAGGAGACAAAAUCAAGGCGAAAGCCACCAGCCCAUGACAAAUUGAAGGUGAAGGGAAUCAAAGUUGUGGGGAAAUGGAAACAGGUGACGAUUGACCCAAACUUGUUUGCAGAUGGGCAAAUGGAUGAUUUAGUGUGCUUUGAGGAACUGACAGAUUAUUGUUUGGUCUCACCUGCCCAAAAUCCGUUGAGCCUCUUCUCAGAGGAAAAGCCCAAGAAAAGAAAGGCGCAAGCUAUUUCACAAGGAGGGGAGGAGGAUGGAGAGACCAGCUCCCCAAAGAAAAAGAUCAUGUUGAAGAAGAGUCAAGACAUGGAAACUAAAGGGACCAGCACCCCAAAACAACUUGAGGUCAAGGAUGCCCAGCUAGAGCCACAGGAGAAUGAUUCUGGUUGCUUUGAGCCAGAGGUCGGGGAAAUAACAUCAGGAAGCCAAGCCCACACUGUUCGAAGAAAGAAGAAAAAGAAAGGGAAAAAACCCUUGGAUCCUCCCCAGGGUACUGCUCCAAAGGCCCUGACCCUGGCCCCCGCCAUCCGUGACAACUUGGACAUCCUCGGGGCUGCUGAGACAGGAAGUGGGAAAACUCUUGCCUUUGCUAUUCCGAUGAUUAAUGCAGUGCUGCAGUGGCAGAAGAAGCAGCCUGCCUCAACUCCAAAUAAUUGUGGAGUGCUCGCCGGAGAGGCCACAGGUCAGACUGGAUCAUCACGCAAGGCCAGGACCGAGUCUGGAAUACCGCCUGAUGAGGCUGGAGUUGAUGGUGAAGAAGAGACCAAUGGGGCUGGAGCACCACCUGACAGGGCCAGAGCCACGACCAAGGCGCCCAGCGCAGACCAAGUCAUGGAAUUCCCUAGUGAUGCUGGUGAAGGACCUUCCCUGAACAGGGAGAACCCCGUCUCCCAGGAGGAUGAGGAGGAAGAGGAAGAGCUCAGUGACGGGCAGACUGGAUCGUUGAGUGGCAGAAUUAGCACCUGUAAAGAGCAUUCGAAGCGUCCUCUGCUUGGACUGGUUCUGACUCCUACUCGAGAGCUGGCUGUCCAAGUCAAACAGCAUGUUGAUGCCGUGGCCAGGUUUACAGGAAUUAAAACUGCUAUUUUGGUUGGUGGAAUGUCUGCACAGAAACAACAGAGGAUGCUGAACCGCCACCCUGAGAUUGUGAUUGCCACUCCAGGCCGCCUCUGGGAACUGGUCAAGGAAAAGCACCCUCAUUUGAGUAACCUUCGGCAGCUUAGGUGCCUGGUGGUGGAUGAGGCUGACCGGAUGGUUGAGAAAGGCCACUUUGCUGAGCUUUCUCAGCUAUUGGAGUUGCUUAAUGACUCUCAGUACAACCCAAAGAGACAGACACUUGUUUUUUCUGCCACAUUGACUCUGGUACAUCAAGCCCCUGCUCGAAUCCUUCAUAAGAAGCACACCAAGAAGAUAGACAAAACUGCCAAACUUGACCUUCUCAUGCAGAAGAUUGGCAUGAGAAGCAAGCCCAAGGUCAUUGACCUCACAAGAAAUGAGGCCACAGUGGAGACGCUAACGGAGACCAAGAUCCAUUGUGAGACUGACGACAAAGAUCUUUACCUGUACUACUUCCUCUUGCAAUAUCCAGGCCGCACGUUAGUGUUUGCCAACAGCAUUUCCUGCAUCAAACGCCUCUCAGGACUUCUCAAAGUCCUGGAUAUCAUGCCGCUCUCCCUACAUGCCUGUAUGCACCAGAAGCAGAGGCUCAAAAACCUGGAGCAGUUUGCCCGCCUCAAAGACUGUGUUCUUCUGGCAACUGAUGUGGCAGCCCGUGGUCUGGAUAUUCCUGAAGUCCAGCAUGUCAUCCAUUACCAGGUCCCCCGGACCUCGGAGAUUUAUGUCCACCGAAGUGGUCGAACUGCUCGUGCCACCAAUGAAGGGCUGAGCCUGAUGCUCAUUGGACCUGACGAUGUGAUCAACUUUAAGAAGAUUUACAAAACGCUCAAGAAAGAUGAGGACAUCCCUCUGUUCCCUGUGGAGACAAAGUACAUGGAUGCAGUCAAGGAGAGAAUCCGUUUAGCCCGACAGAUAGAGAAAGCCGAGUAUCGGAACUUCCAGGCUUGUGUGCACAACUCCUGGAUUGAGCAGGCGGCGGCUGCCCUGGAGAUUGAGCUGGAUGAAGAGAUGUACAAGGGACGAAAAACUGAUGAACAAGAAGAGCAUCGGAGACAGAAGCAGAUGAAGAUCCUGAAGCAGGAGCUGCGCCAUCUACUCUCCCAGCCAUUGUUUAAACAUGACCUGAAAACCAAGUACCCAACUCAGUCAGGCAGGCUGCCCGUGGUCCUGUCUACCUCCAGAAAUGGCGAGUCGGCUCUGAGCUGCAUCUCCAAACAGAAUAAAAAGAAGCGGCAGCAGAACCAGCGGAAGCAGCUGGAGCGGCCUCAGCCAAGUCCAAGUGCAGGUUCAUGCCCAGGCCGGGUGCAGGAAUAG